CUGUUCGAAUCGUGCCCCUCUGAUCGUAAGAGAAUUUCAACUACCUAGCUCUCAGGAUGAGCGACAGGGCUUGCUGCAUCUGAUAUCAGUUUAAAGUGGACUGAUUGACAGUGGUGCCCCCAUUUAGAUCUCGUAGAAGUAGGGGCUCCUGCAAAGGUGGUGAAUCUUGGAAGCCUCAACAAAGCUCGACAUCAAUUUGUGACUGCACCGAUCAUCUUCGUAUUGCUCACUCAGGCAACUGUCCCAUCGAUGUGGAAGUUGCUUGGCGGUGGCACCUAGUGAUCCGCAUACAGAUUGGAAGCGCAGAUCUCUGCAAGAUGCCUGGGAAUUUAACUGCCCACCAAGCUGAGGCGGCGCUUGGUCGGCCCCUCACCUGGCUGGAGCAAACAUGGGUCAUUCACACGGGGGGUUGGAAAGAUUACGAGCUUUACUGCCUCACAUUCUUCAUUCUCGUCGCCGGAUACUGCCUGGGCAGUUUGCCGUUCUUGACACUAGACUUUCUCAAGAUCCCCUUCUUUGAGAAGUAUAGAAUACAGCCCACGUACCGGAACAGCUACUCAGCGGUGGUCGAUUGCUUCCGAUCGGUGCUGGGCGAUAUGUUCAUGGUGAUUCUGCCGCUCAACCUGACGUCCUUCCCCUUCUUCAGCGUCGCCGGUAUCAACGGCGGGGUGCCCCUCCCCACCCUCCCCGAAAUGGCCAUCCAGCUCGCGACCUUCUUCAUUGUGGAAGACUUCGGCAACUACUGGCUGCACCGUUGGCUCCACACUGAGUGGGCCUAUAAAACGAUCCACUGGAAGCACCACGAAUUCACAACGCCCAUGAGUUUUGCGGCGUCGUACGCGCACCCGCUCGAGAUCCUGAUCCUCGGGAUCCCGUCGUUUGCCGGGCCCGCGAUCGUGAGGUGCCACGUCAUCACGCUGUGGGCGUGGAUCGUGCUGCGCCAGUGGGAGGCCGUAGAAACGCACAGCGGGUACCACUUCCCUUGGAGCCCAACCAAGCUCAUCCCCUUCUACGGCGGAGCCGAGUAUCACGACUAUCACCACUUCGUGGGUGGAAAGAGCCGAGGCAACUUCGCAUCCGUCUUCACGUGGUGCGACUAUAUCUACGGGACUGACAAGGGGUACCGGUAUAGAAAGGACUUUGAGCUCCGGCAAGCAGCGGCAAAAGCCGAGGCGAGAGCAGCUGCGGGGUUGGGUUAUAGUGUGCUUGCAAAUGGGGGUCAGAAAUGGGAGGACGUUGCGAAAACGAGCUGACGUAAGUAGCGACUUGGUCCAAUCUUUUGGCGUGUGUCGCCAGAGGAAAGAUUGGACGAAACAGAGAUAUGAACGACCAUUGUUGCCGAGGUCGCUUCGUUGCAUCAUCGUCGCAAGCGACCAGCGCUAGGCUCGCUUGAGGGUUGCCGCCCGCUGUUUUCGUAUUGCUUAUAAAUGCAAUGAGUUCCGUGAUCUAGAAGAAAGUUCCGCCAAAUUUUCGUCCG